CCCCUCCGGAGCGGCGCUGCGGGGACGCGGGGAAGGGGGUGGGGGGAGGCGGGGGGGGGGGGGCGCCAGCAGGCCCCGAGGCGGAGCGGCCCGUCCCAGCCCCCCGGCGGGGGGAGAGCGGCGGCGUUUCCAUGGCGCCGAGCGGGCGGGGGAGCCGGGGCUGAGGACCCCGCCCGCUCAUGGACCCCGCCGCGGCGGCGGCCGCCGAGGAGGAGGGCAGGGAGAAGCCCCCGGUGAUCUACACCAUGGAGAACAAGCCCAUCGUCACCUGUGCUGGAGAUCAGAAUUUAUUUACUUCCUUAUAUCCUACGCUUUCUCAGCAGCUUCCUAGAGAACCCAUGGAAUGGAGGAGGUCUUAUGGCCGUGCUCCGAAGAUGAUUCAUCUAGAAUCUAACUUUGUUCAGUUUAAAGAGGAGCUACUACCCAAAGAGGGGAAUAAGGCUCUUUUGACUUUUCCCUUUCUUCAUAUUUAUUGGACAGAAUGUUGUGACACAGAAGUGUACAAAACUACAGUCAAGGAUGACAUCACCAAGUGGCAGAAUGUUCUCAAAGCUCACAACUCAGUGGACUGGCUAAUUGUGGUAGUUGAGAGUGAUGCCAAGAAAAAGAACAAAACAAAUAUCCUUCCCCGAACCUCUAUAGUAGAUAAAAUAAGAAAUGACUUCUGUAACAAACAAAGUGACAGAUGUGUGGUACUUUCUGACCCUUUGAAAGACUCUUCCCGUUCUCAGGAAUCUUGGAAUGCCUUCCUGACCAAACUCAGGACACUGCUUCUCAUGUCUUUUACCAAAAACUUAGGCAAGUUUGAAGAUGACAUGAGAACUUUGAGAGAGAAAAGGACUGAGCCAGGGUGGAGCUUCUGCGAGUAUUUCAUGGUCCAGGAAGAACUGGCCUUUGUCUUUGAGAUGCUGCAGCAAUUUGAGGAUGCGCUAGUGCAGUAUGAUGAACUGGAUGCCUUGUUUUCUCAAUACGUGGUCAACUUUGGGGCUGGUGAUGGUGCAAACUGGCUGACAUUUUUUUGCCAGCCAGUGAGGAGCUGGAACGGUUUAAUUCUCCGAAAACCAAUAGACAUGGAGAAGAGAGAGCUAAUUCAGAAUCAAGAAGCUACUCUACUGGACUUGCGUAGCUACCUAUUUUCUCGCCAGUGCACGUUAUUAAUCUUCCUGCAGAGGCCAUGGGAGGUUUCCCAGCGAGCAUUGGAGCUUCUUCACAACUGCGUGCAAGAACUCAAGCUACUAGAAGUCUCUGUUCCUCCUGGAGCUUUGGAUUGUUGGGUAUUUUUGAGUUGUUUGGAAGUCUUACAAAGAAUAGAAGGCUGCUGUGAUAGGGCUCAAAUAGAUGCAAAUGUUUCUCACACAGUUGGCUUAUGGAGCUAUGCCACUGAGAAGUUAAAAUCUCUGGGUUAUCUGUGUGGACUUGUGUCAGAGAAGGGACCCAAUUCAGAAGACCUUAACAGAACUGUCGAUCUGUUGGCAGGGUUGGGAGCAGAACGCCCUGAAACAGCCAAUGCAUCACAGAGCCCUUACAAGAAACUUAAAGAGGCCUUAUCAUCUGUAGAAGCUUUUGAAAAACACUACUUAGAUCUGUCCCAUGCCACCAUUGAAAUGUACACAAAUAUUGGAAGAAUUCGCUCAGCUAAGCUUGUGGGAAAGGACUUGGCAGAGUUUUAUAUGAGGAAGAAAGGUCCACAGAAAGCAGAAGUCUAUCUUCAAGGAGCACUGAAAACUUACCUUGCUGAGGGCUGGGCAUUGCUCGUCACGCAUACGAGAAAACAGUUAGCUGAAUGUCAGAAACACCUUGGGCAAAUAGAAAAUUAUCUUCAAACAAGCAGCCUUUUAGCUGGUGAUAAUCACUUAACAGGAGAUGAACGCAAAAGCUUUUGCCAAGAAAUACUAGAUUUUGCCAAUCAGCAAGCUGAGAACCAAGGUCAAAAGGUUAUAUUGCCUAUGCACUCCUUUGCGCAGUUGAAAACUCUACAUUUUGACCCUCCAAAUGCUGUUGUCCAUGUGGGUGGAAAGUUAUCUAUUGAGUUGACUUUGGUGAGCCAAAUGCCCAUCCCUGUCCAAGUGGAUCAGAUUGCCAUCCAUGUUCACUUCAGCAUCGAAAAAAAUAGUUACAGAAAAACAGCCGAGUGGCUCACUAAGCACAAAACUUCCAAUGGUGUUAUCAGCUUUCCAAAUGAAGUUGCAGGCUUUCCUUUGUCAAGAAACAACCUGCCAGCACUGGAGCUAUACGAAAUGUAUGAACGGAGUCCCUCAGAUAACUCUUUGAACACAGCAGGAAUUAUCUGCAAAAAUGUGCACAUGCUACUACGAAGGCAAGAGAGCAGCAGUUCACUGGAUGUGCCCUCAGGGGUGACUUUAGAAGAUGGGGCUCAUGUGUUGAAAUGCAACAACUUAAUACUGGAACCAGGGGUCAAUAAAAUAACAUUCAAUACUCAGGCCAGAGAACCUGGGACAUACACGCUCAGGCAACUGUGCACUUCAGUGGGAAAAGUACAGUUUGUCCUUCUUCAUAUUUACCCAAUUGUGCAGUAUGAUGUAUAUGCUCAGGAGCCCCAGCUGAAAGUGGAACCGAUGACUGAUAGCCUUUUGGCCGGCAUUCCCCAGAAGGUGAAAUUCACAGUGACUACUGGUCACUACACCAUGAAGAAUGGUGACACUCUGCAGCUCAGUAAUGCGGAUGCCAUGCCUAUUCUGUAUCACCCAGAGAGCAAGGCAGUGAUCUAUUCCAACACCAGAGAAAAGAUCUCAGAAUCAUCAUUAAGGAUUCAGUCUUCUGAAAAGAUCACAAGCAUCAGUUUGCCGGUAGCUCCUGCAUAUCAUGUGAUUGAAUUUGAGCUAGAAGUCAUGUAUUUGCCAUCAGCCACAGAAUCUGCAGUGGAGAAAGAAAAUACUACAAAUAAAGAAGUUCACAGAAAAAACAGAGAGAAGCAGAAACAGGACAACUGCAUGGCUACUGUUGACCAAAAAGUGACCAUUGAUUGUCCUUGGUCGAUUUACUCCACUAUUAUUGCAUUAACAUUCUGCAUACCUUUUAAUGCCAAGCAUUCCUUAUUGUCAGCUGGAAAACGGAAAUAUGUGCAAGUCUGUGUACAGAAUUUGUCAGAACUCUGUUUCCAGCUUUCAGACAACAGCUUAAAAAAUUCUGCUGACUGUACAGAUUUGCAGCUGGUACCUCUGAACCCUGAAUCUCAACAGGUCAUAUACAGUAAGCAAUCAAUAUUCUUUGUAUGGGAAUUGAAGUGGACAAAAGACCUUCCUCUCUCCUUGCAGUGCCUGUUUUCAGUCAGCUUUUGUCCAGCUACCUCUGAAGAACAGUCUUUUUCCCUGAAGCCGUUCACUUAUGAAUUCCAAGUGGAAAAUUUUUUUACAUUGUAUCAUGUGAAAACUGAAAUUUUUCCACCACUGGGGGCAGAGUAUUGUAAAACAGGCUCACUCUGCUCUUUAGAGGUGUCAAUUACCCGACUUGUUGACCUCUCGGAGGUUGACAGAGAUGAAGCAUUAACAGAAUCGGAUGGAUAUUGCACAACAAAACUUAUGUAUGAAGUUGUUGACAACAGUAGUAACUGGGCAGUCUGUGGAAAAAGUUCUGGAGUCAUAUCUAUGCCUGUAGCAGCUCGAGCAACUCACAAAGUCCACAUGGAAGUGAUGCCACUGUUUGCUGGAUAUCUACCUUUUCCUGAUGUCAGACUGUUUAAAUACCUCCCUCACCAUUCUGCUCACUCCAUGCAACUUGAUGCUGAUAGCUGGAUUGAAAAUGAUAACCUCUCUGUGGACAAGAAUGUGGAUGAUCAAGCUGACAGCAGCAGCAUAAGGAGCAGAGGUAGCUUGCAUUCUGCAGCUAGCGGGGAACACAAAGGUUUGCCAAUGCCUCGUCUGCAAUCCUUUUCAUCCGGUCAGGUCUUCAACUGCAGCACGGGUAUGCAAAUACUUGUCAUUCCCAGCAAGGACGACCAUGUUCUGGAAGUCAAUAUCACGUGACAACUCGGUAUGAAAACACAGAAAACAAAACCCGUUAGAAACUGGAUAUGAAAGCACUUUAAAGGAUUAUGACCUGAUUAGUCUUUGUUGUAACAUUCUAACUCUAAGGAGACCUAUGGCACUCGACAUGUACUGGCCAUGGAAGCACCAGACAAUUGUAUCAAUUUAAAUGUACAGUGAAGCUUGUGUCAGCUAGUUUAUAUUGCCACUUUAGUAUGUUUUGUGUAAGCUAUUGGGUUUUCUCCCUUCUGUCACAUCCUGCAUCACAACACAGGGCAACACAAACAAAAAAUCCAAAUAUUUGGACCACUUCUUUAUUUUUGUCUGGCAGCUGAGAGAUUUGUUUCAUGCUUCCUACAUAUUUUAGAGUUUAGAGUUGGAUGAUAUAAUUAUCCAAGUCUUGGAUUUUUAUGUAAUAAUUUACAGGCUUUUCCACACAUGUGCCAGAAACACAACAAAGCAUACAACAGCACAUUCACUGGUGUAAUAGUUGCUUUCUGUUUGGGUUUUUUGUUUUGUUUUGUUGGUUUUAUCAUUGUUAAUUCCUGCCAUUGCAAUUUUAUAUUAAACUUCCAUCGUUUGCAUACUUAAAUGCAUGGAAGAGCUACUGCUAUAAACAAUCUUAACUGAACAAAAUUCCUUAAUUUUUUGAGGCUUUCUCCUUCACAGAGUAGACACUGUGAUGUCACAUAUUAUAUGAUUUUUUUGGGGGUGGGGGUUGGGUCAUCCUCUUGCAUAGUUCUUACCAAAGAAAGAUAUUGAUAGAAUUUAAUAAUAAAUUAUUUGGCUUAUUGAGUUCCCAGAUCAAUUUCUUUUACUACCAUUUCUAAGUGGCUUGGUUUGCUGCCCCAAUUUUUAAAUUGGGGCAAAAAUUUCAGUAUGAUAUGAUACUUGAACAGUCAACCUUUCAUCAUAAAGGCUUAGUGUAAUUAUUACUGAUUAGAGGCCAGACUUCCGCAUUCAUGAUGGAAGAAAGAGGUUGGUUUGAUAUAGGAAAGCUUGCAGAUGUAGAAUAAUUGUGAAGCAAAAUUAAAACAUGUAACUUAACUUCAUUAUUUAUAUCUGAAAUGUAAAUAUAAAAAAAUGUAAAAAAAAGUGUAAUUUUUGUGAAUGUUGCAAAUCCACCUGUGACUGGAAAAAUUACAACUCCUUCUGAUGUCCUGCUUCUGAUAUUGAAACUUGUGCAUUUAAUGUGAGAAUGACCUUUUCUACUUGCAGAUCUAUAAUGGUGCGUUGUCAACAGACUCCACAGAGGAAAACUGUCCCAUAUCAAAUACUUGUCAGUAAAGUUAAAGUGAGGAACUGCUCAUUAGACAAGUUCAUUGUUGUUUUGUUUGGGUUGUUUUUUUUCUAAACUCAGGUUCUGCUAAAUUAUAAAGGGGAAGGAAAAAACCAAACCCUCUUUCAAAAAAGAACUGCAAUUAAGUUGAAAAAUUAAUAGGCACCCUGCACUGGUCUAAACAUUUUUUAAAUUAUUAUUAAUUAAAAAAACCCCAAUAUGUCUAAAUAUGUAUGAAGUAGACCUGCUAGCUGAAAAUGUUCUUGUUAUGCAUCUUCUUUCUGUGAAGGAAUGCCCUUUCUCUGUGGAAACCAUACCAUUUUAUUCUGGAUAAAACCCAAAGCAUCAUUUAGUGCGAAUGACUGCUGGGAUUCUUUGACUGGAAAAGGUAACAAGUUAGUGACUUUGACACUGCAGGUAUUAUAAUGAAUUCCAUUUUCAUGGUUUGCUAUUAAAUCAUUUUUCACAUUGUUCUGUAAUAUACUGUUAGAUUAAACACAUUGUACUAAGAUUGUUUAAUGAAAUUGUAAGCGUUACAGUUCUAAAUAUACAUGUUUUAAAAAGAAAUCACCUUCUCUGCUGCUGCGCCUUCUCCCGCUUUCCUUCUGUUUGAAGGAGCGUUGGCUUCAUCUAUUUUAGCUGAAGCUACUUUAACGGAAGAGUAUUUUCUAAACUGACCUGAGGAGAUGUAUCUCGAGCAGGGGUGUAAAGCGUGCUCUGUGGAAUCUGACGGGGCUCUGUGGAAGAGCUGCCCAGCAGCCGCAGGGGAGGCGUCUCUCCCUAGCUGUGGAACGGCCCCGCUCCCCCCCCGCGAGCCGCACGGACAGGCGCCUCCCGCCGCCCGGGCUCCGCUCGUCCUUUACGCUCCAGCUCCCCUGGAGCCUACUGCGGCCGGGAGCCGCGGGGGCCCGACGGCGCUGUGCUGAGGAGCGACGAGAACGGCUCAA